AUGAGAACUCCCCAAUCCCCCAACUCUAUCAGGCGGACCGCCUUAGGAGCGCAAUCUAAGCCGCAAAUUUCUGAUACUAUUACCACCUCUACUACUUCUCAAGGAGUGGGUGGGGACAAGGGGAACGGGGAACCCGAAAUCAGGCUCGCAUCUGCGCACUCACCGGACCCGGAAGUCCGAAAACGCAACUUGUUUCAGCAGCGCGCGUUCAAAUUCUCACACUCACUACUAGUGCUGUUACUGCUAUUCUUCGUAUUCCUACACGGUGUUGGUCUGUUUCUGUUUACGAAAGGGUUCUUACUAACCCGGCUAGUCCUUGGCGAGAAGUCUUCCUGUGCUGUCUCCCCUCUGGGCAGCGCGGUCGAUUGGGAGGGAGGGGACAUAGCCAAGGGAUGCUGGCAUCCAAAGACGUUUGAUAAAGCUGUUGUGAUAGUUAUCGAUGCACUGCGAUAUGACUUUACGGUUCCGUUUGGCUCCGGGGAGGAUGGUGAUUCUAUGGAUGUGGGGCAGUUCCAUAACGCUUUUACGACGCCGCACGCUCUCGCUUCGAAGCACCCUCGCAAUGCGAUAUUGUUACCGUUCAUCGCAGAUCCACCGACUACGACUUUGCAGAGACUGAAGGGGUUGACAACGGGUACAUUACCGACCUUUGUUGACGUUGGGAGCAAUUUUGCUGGGCAUGUCAUCGAUGAGGAUAACCUUAUCUCGCAAUUAAAGGCUGCAGGAAAGAGGACUGCGUUUAUGGGAGAUGAUACCUGGAUGGCGCUAUUUCCGGGGUUAUUCGAGAAGGAUAUGGAGUACCCGUUUGAAUCUUUGAAUGUGUGGGAUUUGCAUACGCUGGAUAAUGGUGUCAACGAGCAUAUUUUUCCGCUGUUGCACCCGGAGAAUGCUUCCCGGUGGGAUGUGCUUAUUGGACAUUAUCUUGGUGUGGAUCAUGCGGGGCAUCGAUAUGGACCUGAUCACUUCGCCAUGAGGGAUAAAUUGGUACAGAUGAACGGGGUUAUCGAAAAGCUGGUUGGAAGUAUUGACGAUGACACUUUGCUGGUUGUCAUGGGCGAUCAUGGAAUGGAUUCCAAGGGCGAUCACGGAGGAGAGUCACAGAGCGAAUUGGAAGCUGCCCUGUGGAUGUACUCCAGGAAACCGGUCUUUGGCGAGUUUCCACAAGGAUUGGACCCUAAUGGUGGAGACUAUUCCGGUCCUCCAGGCGCUAGGUCCGUUGCUCAGAUCGAUCUUGUUCCAACACUUUCGCUGCUGCUUGGACUACCGAUUCCGUUCAAUAAUCUCGGGGCCCCAAUAGUAGAGGUGUUUUACGGCGAGGGCGGAGUCCCCGGAUGGAAAAACCUAGUCGAUGUCUCCCAUCUAACUGCAGCUCAAAUCAAACGCUACCGAGCCGAAUAUUCUGGAAAGAACGGCGUAAAAGUUGAGGGGAUUGAGGGGAUCGAUUCCAUCUGGGAUACUGCGUAUCGAAAGCUAUCCGAGGUCCAAAAACUUGGAAGGAACGCCCGGGUUGUGGAUUGGCAGAAUGUCUUUAUAGAGUUCUCGAGCUAUCAAUCUGAAACGCUCCGAGCCUGCCGCCGUGCCUGGGCUAGAUUCGACCUGGUCAACAUGGCUGCGGGUAUUACUGUGCUAGUUGGGAGUGUUGCUGUUGUGGGUGUGUAUGCUCGUGCCUUCACGGGCGAUCAUACUGAGCUCACGGAUACAUUGCUCACCCGGAUGGCUAAAGGGCUUGGUGCCGGAGCUGUUCUUUCAGUUGCCGAUGGGGCCGUCGCUGGGAUGGGGCAAUUUGGGGUUUCUAGCAUCGGCCAAUCACUUGGGCUGUCAUCUCUGCGAAUGCUCCUGUUGACCGGCAGUUUGGGCACAAUAAUCGGCUUCUUUUCUGCAACUCACUACGCUCGAAGACGACUGGCAUCCCUGCUACCGAACUCCGGCUGGGGCGCACUCUGCCUUGUAUUCACCCUCACCCACUCCUUGAUCUUCGGCUCAAACUCGUUCACAAUCUGGGAAGACAAAAUUUUGACCUUCUUCCUGGGUACCUUCGGGUUCGUUGCAUUGCUCAGCUCCCAGAGACUAGAUACCGUAAAGCGUGCGUUGGGAACAUAUCACUCAAUAGUCUUCCUCCUCCUUGUCCGGUUAUCGUCAAUCUCACGAUUAUGCCGGGAGGAGCAAAUGCCUUCCUGCGAAUCGACAUUUUACUCCUCCUCAUCCUCUUCUGUCUCUGCGCCUCGCACGCUCAUCGUCCUAUUUAUCAUGGCGUUAGGGUUACCAUCGAUUAUCAGUUCUUAUUACCGCCAUACUAACUCCUACUCCGGCCCGGCUCCAGCAUAUAUCGGGUUCGGCUUCCGCCUGGGGCUUCUCCUUAGUGCGUUGUAUUGGGCUCUUGACUCUGCCGAUAAUGGGGACUGGAUCCCAGAUCUCCCCGAGGGGGUAUUGAAACCGCUGAAGAACACCGUUAGCCAAAUCGUCCUAGCGAUGGGCCUCCUCGCUGGGAACCUGGUAUACGCAUACUCUUCCGUAUGUGUGGCCGUCCGUUUUGAAUAUCCACUCGCCAACCAACCCACCACCUCCUCCGAUGGUGACGGUGAAGACAUAGUCCCCCCCUCCCAGAGCUUAAAACCCAUCGCCCGCAUCGUUGGCACGUCAAACUUGCACGGAUCCCGCUACUUUAUGCUGCUACUAUCCUGGUCCCUGGCCCUAAUCCUCCUUCAAAAGCCCAUGGGCGGUGCGUCAAUGGGUCUCCUCCUGUGGCAAAUCCUCUCCCUGCUAGAACUCCUACACACCCUCUCCCUCUCGGACUCCGCCAUUGGCCCCGUAAUCCUGGGGAUCCUGGGAAACUCCCAUUUCUUCUCCACAGGUCACCAAGCCGCACUCUCCGCCAUUCAGUGGGAGUCCGCAUUCAUACCAUUCUCAACAAUCAGAUACCCUUGGUCGCCAAUGCUUGUUAUAGCGAAUAGCAUCGGCCCACAGUUGCUCACCGCCUUGGCCGUCCCACUAGUAGUACUCUGGAAGGCGCCCCCAACAGGCACGGAGACGCUGGGCAAGACGGCUAAAGCUGUGGCUACGCAUACAUUAUACCACUCUGCGAUUACGCUCAGCGCUGUCGCGUGCGCUGGGCACCUAAGGAGGCAUAUGAUGCUUUACAGGAUCUUUGGUCCGAGGUACAUGUUAGGCGGGGUGGUGUUGCUGGCUGUUGAUGCGAUGGUUUUAUUGGUGGUUAUGUGGGGGACUAGGGUUAGUUUCCUGAGUGUUGGGGGGUUGUUUGGCUAUUAG